UCCUUGUGGCUUGCUAUGUAAACAAAAAAUUGCAAGUCUACCUAUGCAAAUAUGGAUUCCUCCAAUUCCCAGGACGUUCCUGCAGGGACUAGGAAUUUCGAUGAUCCCCCAGCGCAAACCGAAAUUAUCUCAUGCAUGGAUCCCAAUUUGCUCAGGGCUGCAGCAGAAGGCAAUAUCAGUCCCUUCAAUGGCUACGACCAACCCCUUGAUCUUCUACUCACUCCAAACAAAAACACAGUUCUGCAUAUUUACAUCAGUGCACGAGCAAAUGCAGCAAAUUCAUUCGAAUUCAUGUGCGAAAUACUCCAAAAGUGUCCAUCGCUGUUAGAUCAGGCUAAUAUAAGAGAUGAAACUUCACUGCACUUUGCAGCAAGAUACGGGCAUGACGACAUAGUGGAAGCACUAAUUGAACACGCAGAAGCCCAGCAUGAUGACCUUGAACGCGGAGCAGCUGCAGUAAGGGAGAUGCUGAGAAAGAUGAAUACAGAAAAAGACACUGCCUUACACGAAGCGGUGAGAUAUAAUCAUCUUAACGUGGUUCGAAGAUUACUGACUAAAGAAGAUGUUGAUUAUUGUUAUUUAGCUAAUGCUGCUGGUGAAAGUCCACUUUACCUAGCUGCUGAGAGAGGCUAUGGUGAUAUUCUGUCUGAAAUUUUGGAAACCUGCACUUCGCCAGAAUACAAUGGCCCUAAUGGUAGAACAGCUUUGCACGAAGCAGCAAUCAACAAUGAUGCAGAAAUGACGAGAAGAAUAUUGAGCAAAACCAAUACUGAUCUCACCAAAAAGAUUGAUCAACAAGGAUGGACUCCACUGCACCAUGCUUCACACUUUGGUCACUUGUCAAUCGUGAAUCUGCUACUAGAUGCUGAUAAAUCUGCAGCUUACAUUGGCGAUGAAGAUGGAAAAAAGACCCCUCUUCACAUUGCUGCUAGCAAGGGCGACAGACAUGUAGAAGUUAUGAAAAGCAUUGUAUCACAUUGUCCAGAUUGCUGCGAACUUGUCGAUGACAGAGGCCGGAAUGUUCUGCAUUUUGCUGUGGAGAGCUAUAGAUCCGAAGGGUUGCGUGCUCUUCUUCAAAAUUCAUUCAUGUCCAAUCUCAUAAAUCAGAAAGAUAAUGAAGGGAACACACCUCUCCACCUUCUUGCUGCUCUUCGGUUCGACUGUAAAACUCUGAUGCGGCAUCCCCUUGUUGAUAUGAAAGCUAUUAAUAAGGAGAACUUGACUGCUCUGGACAUUGUUUUGGCCACAACUGACAAUGUGAAAGUUCGUUUAACAAGGGGAGGUACAAUAAUAAACUUGAGAAGGGCUGGAUGUAAACGAAGUCGUCGAAACAAGAUCAUCCAAGAAGAUGACUCAAAGACAAUGGAAAGAGUUGAGGGCAUGAUCUCUGAACUCAAGAAAGCCAAAGACUCCCACCUGAUAGUAGCCACACUCAUUGCAACAGUAACUUUCGCAGCCGGUUUCACAAUUCCUGGUGGAUACAUUUCUGAUAAAGGGACUGCAGUAUUAUCAAAAAAAGCAGCAUUUCAAGUGUUUCUUCUAUCAAAUGGAUUUGCACUUGUGUUCUCCACUUCUGUUGUGCUUAUCCAGUUCAUGUUGGCAAUGCAAGGAAAUAAGAGAACGUUCUUUCAGUUGUUUAUCUGGGCUUCUUGGUUGACCGUCAUCGCUACAAUAUCAAUGGUGGUGGCCUUUACAACAGGCACAUAUGUUGUGCUGCCAAGUUCCUACAGGAACAUCACUUGGAUCUUCAUAGGGAGCUUUUUGGUUUCAAUGCUCCUCAUAUUGAGGGCUUCACUCCCACUCUCUCAAGUUAAAACUGGAGAUUUAGGUGUUGGGUUUAUCCGCAAGUAUACAGGUCGUCUCAAGUAAUAGAGUGAUGAAUCAAGUAUCGUUCUCACGAGGAUUUGUCGUUUGAGUACCAAACAAUAAAUGAAAUGAUUAUUUGGACUAAUGAUUGAUGAAUAAUUGGUAAA